AUGCCACCAAAAAAAAGAGUAUUAAAUGAUGAUUCACCAAAGAAUGCAUCAAACAUGUUGUCUGGAUGUGUGGUUGCACUCUCUGGUAGUACAUUUACACAAUCUCAAGGUGAAUUAGUGUCAUUGUUGGAGUCAAUUGGUGCACAGACCGCAAAGACCUACUCUGCCAAGGUCACUCAUGUCCUCACAACACAGGCCGACUACAACAAGGGCAGUGUCACUAUCAAAAAGGCACUAGAUGCUGGUAUCUUUGUUGUCAGUGAAGAUUUCCUCCACGAAUCUCUUACUGCUGGCAAGAAAGUAAAGGAAAGUGAAUAUGCAUUGAGCAAGAAGAAGGUAGAUGAAUCUGAUUCUGAAUCAUCAUCAGAGGAAGAACAAGCCAAACCAAAAGCAACAAGAGGUAAAAAGGCAGCAGCAGCAAAGAAACAAGUUGUUCAACCAGACUCUGAUUCUGAAUCAUCAGACGAAUCAUCAUCAUCAGACGAAGAAGCAAAGAGAUCAAAAAAGAAACAAAAACCAGCUACUACUUCUACUACUUCUACUACCUCUACCACUACCAUUCCAAAAAAGACAAAGAAAGAAUUGGAUGAUGAAGUAAAGGAAAACUUGUUAUUGGCAGAGAAAUUGGCCGACCUAGAUUCAGAUUUAGACUCUGAUUCAGAUUCAGAUUCAGAUUCUGAUGAUGGAUCAAAAACAAAGAUUCAAAUUAAAGGAAGAGCUGCUGUUGAUAUUAAUUUCCCAAGAAAUUCAGAUUUUCAUGUUUAUGAUGAUGGCAAAGAUGUUUAUGAUGCAACAUUGAAUCAAACCGAAAUUGCACAAAACAAUAACAAGUUUUAUAUUGUUCAAUUACUUCAAAGUGAUAACAAUGCAAACCAAUUUGUUGUAUGGACUAGAUGGGGUCGUGAAGGUAAAGUUGGUCAAUCAAAACCAUUCGAUCAUUACUCUCUUAGUGGUGCCAAAUCUGAUUUCUAUAAAAAGUUUUAUGAAAAAACAUCAAAUCAAUUUGAUAAUAGACAUCAUUUUGUAAAAAAGAGUGGUAAAUAUGAUUUAUUAGAAAUGGAUUACUCUGUAAAGGACGCAGAAGAACCAAAGAAAAAGAAAAAGCCAGUUGUUCACAAGACUGAAUGUUCACUCGAUGACCGUGUACAAAACUUUAUCAAACUUAUUUUCGAUGUAAAGAUGAUGAAGCAAACCUUGGUCGAAGCCAAAUUUGAUCUUAAAAAGUCACCACUUGGCAAACUCCACAAGAAUCAAAUCACAAAGGGCUAUCAAGUAUUAAAGGAUAUCGAAACUGAAAUCAAUGGCAAGUGUAGAAGAGAUCAAUUACAAUCAUUGUCUUCAAGAUUCUAUACUCUUAUCCCUCAUGAUUUUGGUUUCAAUGUUCCACCAUACAUUGAUACAAUUUCUCAUCUUAAAGAUAAAAUUAAUAUGUUGGCUAGUCUUGCAGAUAUUGAAAUUGCAACAACAUUAAUUAAAGAUUCAGCAGAUGAUGAUUCCAAUUUACUUGAAGCUUAUUAUAAGCAAUUGAAAUCAGAUAUCAAACCAUUGGACAAGAGUACCGAUACCUACAAGAAUUUGGUAAAAUAUGCCAUGGAUUCACACGAUACUAGCUACUUUAGAUUUGGUUUGAGUGUUGACGAUAUCUAUUCUGUCGACAGAGAAGGUGAAGCACCACGUUUUGACCCAUGGAAAAAGAAUGACAACAAGUUGCUCUUGUGGCACGGUAGUCGUUUGACCAAUUGGUGUGGUAUCAUUUCACAGGGUCUCAAGAUUGCCCCACCCGAAGCACCAAAAACUGGUUACCGUUUUGGUAAAGGUAUCUACUUUGCCGAUUGUAUCUCAAAGAGUGCCAGUUACUGUGGCACCUCGCGUGAUAAACCAACUGCCAUUAUGAUCCUUUGUGAGGUUGCUCUUGGUAACAUGAACGAACUAGACCACGAUACAUACAUGGAAAAGGCUCCAGCUGGUACUCAUUCCACUAAAGCUCGUGGUAUGUCUCAUCCUGAUCCAAAUGGUAAAUUCCCAAUUGAACAAGGUUUACAUAUUCCAGGUGGAAAGAUUGUAAAGAGUGGAUUAAACACUAGUUGUUCACAUAAUGAAUUCAUCGUUUAUGAUAUUGAUCAAGUAAAGAUUAGAUAUAUCCUCAAAGUACAUGUUAAAAAUUAA